AUGCCGUCUAGCCAUUCGCACGAGUCGGAGGAAGAGCGUCAGGCUCGCCUGUCUGACCCUGAAAUUGACGAUGAAGAGGAAGAAGAAGAUAACCAAGAUAAUGAUGAGAACUAUGACUAUCUACAAGCAACAAGAAGAUUAGAUGCAGAGGAGUUACAAGCAGAAGAAGAAGGAGAAAGAUUAAUUGAUGAUAAUGCUGAUGAUGGUUUUGUUUUUGGCAUGAAGGAUGCAGAAAAAGAGGCAGCAGCAUUUUAUGCAGCAGGAUUUGAUCCAGAAGGAGAGGAUCUAGAUUUAUUAGAUAAUUCAUCAAUUAAUUAUAAUGAGGAAAAAGAGAUAAAAGCAAAAAGAGCAGCAGAUAAACAUUUAUAUUUAAGGGAUAAAAUUAAUAAAUAUAAACAUAAUAAGGAUAUAUGGCAACAAAUAUUAGGUUAG